GGAAUUCACCGUACAUAUAUACCUGCGUCCUCCCUCUGUGAUGUCUGUCACGUCUCCCUCCGACAACCACCACCAUGUCUCCAGUACCACCGUCGAACGGUCCUCCCCCAAUCGACGCCGCCACCUCCCCCGCCACACCCACAAUAUCUCAUCCGAAGCCCAACGGCGAGGGAGAGCCCGCAGACGCCAGCCUUCCGGACAACUAUGUCACGUACCAGCUCAGCCGCCAGACACCCCUGCCUCCCAUCACUUGGGGCAACUGGUACAAGGAGCUUAACCUACUCCACUUUGCUGUUCUUGGGCUCACCCCGCUCUUGGGCAUCAUUGGCGCGUUCACAGUCAGCUUGCGCUGGGAGACGGCGGUCUGGUCUGUCAUCUACUACUUCAUGACCGCAGUUGGCAUUACCGCAGGAUACCAUCGACUCUGGGCUCAUCGUUCCUAUAAUGCAUCGAAGCCUCUCCAGUAUUUCCUUUCCAUUCUUGGUGCGGGUGCCGUUCAGGGCUCCAUCAGGUGGUGGGCGCGCGGACAUCGCGCCCACCAUCGGUAUACCGACACCGACCUCGAUCCUUAUAGCGCACACAGGGGCCUUCUCUGGUCGCACAUCGGCUGGAUGGUUUUCAAGCCUCGUCGCAAUCCCGGUGUCGCCGACAUUAGCGACUUGUCCAAGAACGAGAUUGUCAGGUGGCAACACCGCCAUUACCUCCAGCUUGUCGUUCUCAUGGGCUACAUAUUCCCCACUGUUGUCGCUGGCUUGGGGUGGGGUGACUGGAAGGGUGGUUACGUCUAUGCUGGUCUUCUGAGACUGUUUUUUGUCCAUCAGUCUACGUUUUGUGUCAACUCUCUCGCGCAUUACCUUGGAGAUGCCCCUUUCGACGACAAACACACUCCGCGGGACCAUCUCAUCACUGCGCUGUGCACCGUUGGUGAAGGUUACCACAACUUUCAUCAUCAGUUUCCUAUGGACUACCGCAACGCCAUCAAGUGGUAUCAGUAUGAUCCCACCAAGUGGACGAUAUGGGUUACGAGCAAGUUGGGUUUGUCAUCUCACUUGAAGGUGUUUCCUGACAACGAGGUUCGCAAGGGUCAGCUUACCAUGCAGCUUAAGAACCUCCGCGAAGUGCAAGAGAAGCUGAGCUGGCCUUCGGAUAACAGCCAUCUCCCUGUUAUUUCUUGGGAAAGCUACCUGCAGCAAGCCCAGUCACGGCCACUGAUUUGCAUCGCCGGGUUUAUUCAUGAUGUCGAGGACUUCCUGGACCAGCACCCAGGCGGUCGUCACUUGCUCACGAAAUACAUCGGCCGAGACGCCACUACUGCCUUCUUUGGAGGUGUUUACGAGCAUAGCAAUGCUGCACACAACCUGCUCUCCAUGAAGCGUGUUGGAGUCUUACACGGUGGAGCCCCUCAUGGACUGGAGGACAAGGCUAUCCCUCCAAGUCAACGUCUCAGGAUCGCUCGUUACAACGAAAUGAGUGGAAGUGGUUACAGUUCCGGUGCUCUCUCAGACGGUGAUGGUUUUAUGGCGUAAGGACCGAGUUCACAAUGAUUGUUUUCACGGACAUUGGUGCUUCGCGGAGGGUGUUUAUGAGUUCUUCUUUUAGGUUAAUACAUAGACUAAUCGAUAUGAUGAACAAAGAACCCUACUUGCAUUGUAACUUCACCUUGCCUAUGAUAGAUACUACGCCCGCAAUAAAAGCUGAUCCGAC